AAUGUUUUAGGAGAGACACUUCCGAUCUAUUAUUGACACAUUGGCGCCUUACACGAAUGUGCAUAAGUUCAACACAUUCAUCGUAGCAUCAAUACACCGCGUUAUGAUGCGAUGGUUCUGUCAUGUGCCGGAGAAAAUGCGUUAUAAGAUCCAAAGUCAUAUCGAAAACUCUGUGCGAAUGUCUCCAUUUCUAUCCGUACCCGACAUGAAUUCUGGAGUAUACAGACAGCCAAGUGGUGAUGGACGUCAGGUGCCUGGAACUCUGUUCACAUUAGGUGGCAACGGUAUGCCUGAGACGCCACCCCCGAUGGAUGGAGCAGGUUCGAAGGAGGAACGUGGUCCAGAUAGGGUUCAUGAGGAAAUUUUGCGAGCGAUGUCAGUGUUUUUCCAUAUUGGACAGAUCGAUAGUGAUUGGGGCGAUCCCAAGACCCCUGAUCGUCUUACUGAAGCUACACAAGAAAAUUACUUUGUAAAUGACUCGAUUAUCACAGUUAAAACGUUUGUAGAGCAUGUAAAAGAACGUGAUAGGAGCGAUGGAGCACUGAAGGAAAGUGGUAAUGUAGAUCCAAUAAUUCAUUAUACUCGAGAAUGCCUUUUGAAGUUUUACAGAUGGUGA